UAUCACAUCUAGGUGGCUAGCCUGAGCAUUUCGCUGUUUUAUGAAACGCGUCAGCCGUUCCACCUGAAGUCUUUCUUCACAGCCUUUUCCCUGACACUUUUUAUUGAUUGGUUGGUUGGUUGGUUGGUUGGGCUCCCAAGAACAAGAACGUUCGUCCGCUAACAGUUUGGCGCAUUUCACGGUGCCGUGAAAUAAGGUUGAUUUUAGAAACAGCCGAUACAGCAGGCGCGGGCGCCGGCACGGGAGUUCUUUCUCGGCAACAAUGCCCCCGCUUCUCCAUCAGGCCUCGUGCCGGGCACCGAUACAAGGAUGAAACCUCGCGAAUCCGUCGCAGUCACACUCGAUACAAUCACGAUGGACGCAGAACGCUACUUGCCACUUCCAAGCGGAGAGCCGAUGGCGCAAGCUGACUCCGAGUCGCGAGGAAACAGGCGGUUCGGGUCCGUCGGGUUUAUAAGACACGAGGGCCUCGAAGCUCCCUUGCUGGAAAAAGCGAGUCGGGAGAAGGCGACUCGGACACCCUCUCCGGGAGGGAUAUCGAACGCGCUGCGGGCGUCGUCGGCGGCGGCGCGGGCGAAGGAGAGCGCGCCAAGGGAGCGAGAGCCGCGGAGGAGUAUCGGCGGAUCGAUCGGCGGGGAACAGCGGCAUCGGCAUUCUAUCGACGCCAUACGCCACAGCGCAAGCCGGGUGGCUCGGCCUGCUAGUUCUCCUCUUCUUCGCCGGGGCGUGCUGCUACACCGCCAUCCUGCUGCGCCGAUGCAUGGACUUCCAGCCACAUCCGCAACCGCAAGACGCGACUUCGGACUUAGUGUCCCUUGACUGCUUCGCAGACGCCCCACCGCUUCCUCCGCACUCCGCCGCCUCCGCGCGGGCGUCCGCCCGCGCGUCCCCCCGCAUCGCGGCGUUCGGGCGCGCGGGGCGGUGGCUGACGGCGUUUCUGCUCUACUUCGAAUUAUACGCUGUGACUGUAGAGCUGCUGAUUCUAGAGGGGGACAACCUCGCGCAUCUGUUCCCGUCCGGCGAUAUUUGUCUGCUC